AUGGCGAAGAAGGCGCAGCAAAAGCGGAAGGGUGGGGCCCCCGCGAAGACAGCCGCAUCUUCUGUGAAGAGCAGCAGAAGAAAAACAGCAGCAGCAGCACCAUCAGCAGCAGGAGGAGGAGGUAGUAGUGUAGGCUUAAGUGUACGUAGAAAGGCUAAGACACACAAAGGCCGGCGGAUAUUAGCAGCAAGAGAAUGCGAGUCAGUUGCUGGUGUGAAGCGUUUGCUGCUGCUGCGCGGUAGCCGCUGCAGCAGCAUAUUGAAGAAUCUGCUGUCUGAUUUAAGAGAUAUAAAGAAGCCGUACUCGGUGUACAUACACCACAGGAAGCAGCAGGAGCUCUACCCCUUUGAAUCCCCUGAGCCUAUUGAAUAUCUGUGCAGCAAAAAUGAAUGCGGGGCCUUUGCGCUCUGCAGCAGCAGCAAGAAGCGUCCCUCUAGAUUGCUGCUGGGUCGGGUGUACGACCAUCAGCUGUUAGAUAUGCAUGAGUUCUCUGUAGAGCACUUCCUUCCUGCUGCUGCUUUUGCUGCAGCACAAGCACCAGCAGCAGCUUCUGUGCCGCUGCUGCUGCUGCAGGGGGGCCUCUGGGAGGCCUCUCCUGAGCUGCAAGCAGCACAAAAUCUGUUCGCAGAUAUAUUUAGAUUUGCUGCUGCUCCUCAUGACGUCUCUCUUCAGAAGCUCUUCUUAUCAGGAAUAGACAGAUUAAUAGCAAUAAGCGCAGUACAAGCAGCACCAACAGCAGCAGCAGCAGCAGCAGCAGCAACAGGUGCUGCUGCUCCUCCUGAGCCUGCUGCGCAAGACAGCGAUGCAGGGGAAGCUGCAACAACGCAGCAACCAGCAGCAGCAGCAGCAGCAACAGCAGCAGCAGCAACAGGGGUUUUGAUUUGCAUUCGACAAUAUAGAAUUGUCUUAGUGAAGCCUCAAGGAGGGGCAGACGGAGCACCACCUGCUGUAAAGCUUGAAGAGGUUGGGCCCCAGAUAGACCUCAGGCCUGACCGCGUACGGUUGGCUUCGGCUGAGAUGUGGAAGUCUGCAGUGAAGACCCUGGAGAAGGCUCGUGCAGAGCAGCGGCAGCAGCAGCAGCAGCAGCAGCAGCAACAAGGGGCAACUAUCAAGGGCCCGCUGCAGCAAAAGAAGAAAAACAAAAAUAAAACAACGAAUGCAUUGGGAGAUAAACUCGGCCGCGUGCAUGUCGGUACACCCGACAUGCAGCGGCUGCAGCAGCUGCAGUCUCCUAUGCUGUUGAAGCUGCAGCGCAAGGAGCGCAAGAUGAAGCAGCAGCAGCAACAGCAGCAGCAGCAGCAGCAGCAAGAGCAGGAAGAGUAG